UUUUGGCAUUUGAGAUUUGUUCACGCUGACGCCAUGUCGAUAGAAGUGCAGUCCUUGGCGAUCAAUGCACUCACCAAGCGCAUCCAAGAGGAAGCCAAGGUGUUGCCAGAUGGCAUCCUGAGGGUCGCUGAUUUCCUGAAUUACAGGGUCGACCCAGUCUUAAUGGAUGACUGCGGAGCAAUUUUGGCAAAUAAACUUUCCAGCAAGAAGCCUACCAAAGUUUUGGCUGGAUGCUCCAGUCAGGGUCUUUUACCUGCCCUAGCAACUUCCAGACACCUGAACAUCCCGGUAGUCUUUGCCUAUGCUUCUGUCCCGAACGCUUGGGGAUCUCGCGAGACCAUCUCAGCCACGAUACAGGAGCGAGCUCAUUUUGUAUUGAAAGAUGCCAUCUCUGCAGAAGACCGUGUUAUCAUCAUUGACGACAUCGUAAGGACAGGAUCAACAGUUCAGGCUCUCAAGUCCAUUUGUGAGCAAGCGGGUGCUACCUUUGUUGGCGUCGGUGCGAUCAUCCACAACCGGCUGCUGGAGAACUGCAUGAAUGGCUUUCAAAUGGAAACGCUUGCUCAGGUUUCGCCAUCCUCAUCUUCCUCACAACCUGUGACCAUUAGCCCAGCUGUCGAUGACUUGGCCUUGCCGGAGGUUGUUGCUGCAGAUGUUCUCACCGAACGCGUGAUGACUGACGGCGUGGUUCUGCCCGGAAAUCUUCUGAAGGUCUACUCCUUUAUCAAUCACCAGGUCGACACUGGCUUGAUGGAUAUGUGCGGGCAAUUGCUCGCACGUGUUUUUGCUGGGUUUGGCAUUCAGAAGGUCCUCACGGCACAGACGGGCGGUCUACCACCAGCGCAUGCUGUGGCUACCGCGUUGCGGGUACCCUUGGUCUGUGCGCGAGAGACGCAUGAAAAUGAUCAGUCUGUGAUGGAAACUAUGUAUAGCGCACCAUCUGAGAGCUUUACGAAAAAGAAGAAACUCGUGCUCUAUGUUACAAAGGAGAGCCUUUGUUCGAAUGAUACUGUGCUCGUGGUCGACGAUUUCCUGGCCACGGGAACUACUGGAGUUGCGCUGCAUCGACUUGCUGAGCAAGCAGGUGCUCAGGUGGCGGGAAUGGCCUUCUUGGUGGAAAAGCGCUUUCAGGAUGGUCGAGGAGCAUUUUGCCAUCCAAAAAAUCAUAUGCAUCAUGAGCAGUAUCGAAGAAAGGCCAGGAGCUUGUUCGCUACUAGGGGCUCCUGGCAUCGCUACUAGUAACAAGGACGCUAUUAGUGGCUCCUGGCAUCGCUACUGGUGUGGUGUGGCGGGACUGCACCCUAGCACCUACCGGUCCGGGCCCACCAGGCACUCUGCAACCGGGAGCCCCCGCCUGCCGACGGGGGGGAGUAGCAGCCUGGAACUUAGCAGCCUGGGAGUAGCAGCUCCUGGCAUCGCGACUAACUAGGAGCAAGGACGCUAUUACAAGUUCUAUUCGGGUCGCUUCGCGACGACAACCGCCCGCACCAGUGGCUCUCAGAGAGAGGGCAAAAGAAGUCUCUAUAAUCAAUCCAUCUUCGGAGUUUCCGUCUGAUACAUGUUGUAUGUCUCACUUGCAAUUGCAAGCAUUGUUGGAUCUAUGUUUCGACACCCUUGAAACUGUACAUUUUCAACAAGGUCGAAAAAUAGAGUGACCAUGCACAAGAAACUGUACAAUGUGCAUGAUCAAGACAAGACUUGGAGAUGAACGUCGCAUGAAGUGGAUGAGUGAAAGUGGAGUAUCCAUAAUAACUCUAUUUUUGGACCUUGCAACUUGUUUGUAUAUAUAGGUAUGUUUUCUUUGCAACUUGCAAGCAUUGUUGGAUAUAUUUUUCGACCCUUUCACACUGUACAUUUGAGGGUGUCCAAAUUUUAUCAACUGGCACUUUCUUUGCACACUGUACUAGCAACCAGCUGAUGCACCAGCUGAUACAUAUGAUACCGUCUGGCACGGACACGUCCUCAGUCAUUUUUGGGAUUCUCGGGUGAUGGAUGACAAGGAUGAGGAUGAUGAGGAGGA